AUGAACACCCCCUUAGCAGCGCCACCACAGAAGCCAUGUCAUCAAGCACCAAAGCUGCAGAACCCAUCAGCGGGGAACAAGAACCAACCAAGCGAUUCGCCAGCAUCCACGGCCACCCAAGACAACUUCAAGGAAAGUGAGGAUGGACCACACCCCAAUCCACUCUCAUCUGAUUCCUCAACGGGCUCACCGAGUACACAUCUUUCGCGCGAAUCCAGUGAACCAAUCGAAGUCGUCCGGGUCAGCGCCACUGAGGGGCCGCGCACAACCUGGGAGGGCUACUGGAUAUGA